CGAAAAUAUUAACAUCGAGAAGACGUGCAUUGACAAUUAUGCCUCGGGCUCCUCGAGACUCAGGCCUUCAACUCGUGGUCACUGUGUACAUCCUGUCUUACAUGUUCCGGCUCGUAAAUGAGCUCCAGAAUGUGCCACGAAUUCGUCUUCUCGAACGAGCCGUGUGCGAGGUGUACUAUCGCAAACAUUUGACCGGGACCAGUUUGACUGAUGGUAUUCCUGAGCUGCGAUGUAAGAAUCCGACAAUUCAGAAUGAAGUGGUUUUAAUUAUGGGCUGGAAAAUAUCUCUUGACGCCCUGCCAGGUAUCCUGACGGGCACAUAUUUUGGAGUUUUGGCAGACAAAUAUGGGCGACGCCCAGUUUUGAUGUUGAGUUGUCUAGGAGAACUGUUGUCGCUUCUUUCUGUGAUGUUCAUUUGUUUGUUUGAUGCUUUUGAUAUCUUUCCUGUCAGGCUAACCUUACUAUCUACAUUCUUUUUGAUGUUAGGGGGUGGUGGUCGAAUUUUCAGCUCUAUCAUCCAAACACUGCUUGCAGAAAUUGGAGAGGAACUGACUCAAAGAAGAACGCGGAGAUUUUACCAACUUGCUGCUAUAGAAAUGCUUGGGAAUCUAUCCGCUCCGCCAAUCGAGGCGUGGACUAUACCAGUCAGUGUCUGGCUACCAUUUUGUAUCACAUUAGCUCUCUAUCUGCUUGUGCUUGUCACAAUAUGGUUUUUAGUGCCCCCAAAAGUCAAGCAACGGAUUCCAAUCAAAAAUCAGCCCAGCCCCGAUUCAAGUGUGACACAAAACCUUCUCGGACGACCCUGCGACGGAACACUUCCAGAGUCCGAAGAGAAUCAUGCCUUUGCGAUUCCUUCCGCAAGCACCAUGUGGGAAGAGGUUUGGGAGCUCUUGAAGAACAAGACCAUAGCCAUGUUGCUCUUCGUCACGUUUGCCAAGAGAAUAGGAUUUCUCAGCGAAGCAUUCUUUCCGCAGUAUGCCUCAGAGUUUUUUCACAUGCUCUACAGUCAGACACCAUGGUUCUCAUGGGCCAACUAUGCUGGCUCAAUGCUAUCACAAGGGGUUUUGCUCCCCCAACUCACGAGCUGGUUGCUACGCCAAUCGCUAGAACAAAUCUCAAUUGAUGUGGGGUUGAUUGAGAUGAACUUGGGGUUACUAUCCAUAGGAUAUGCCGCUGUAUGGCUUGCGUUCAGUCCAGUCUUAUUUGGCAUCGGUAGGUAA